GUCAAACACAGUGCGAGCGCCACUCUCCUCUUCCUCUUCUUCCUCCUCUUCCUCCUCCUUCCUGCUAAAAACCCUAAUCGAAAGCCAUGAGGUCCCGAUACGCCAUGGUGUGCUCCUCGAACCAGAACCGCAGCAUGGAGGCGCACGCCCUCCUCAAGAGGGAAGGCUUCGACGUGUCGUCGUACGGCACCGGGUCGCACGUCAAGCUCCCCGGCCCUUCCCUCAGGGAGCCCAACGUCUACGACUUCGGAACCCCCUACAAGCACAUGUUCGACGAGCUCCGGCGCAAGGACCCCGAUCUUUACAAGCGCAAUGGUAUCUUGCCUAUGCUCAAGAGGAAUAUGUCUGUGAAAUUAGCGCCUCAGAGAUGGCAAGACAACUCUCCUGAUGGCCCCUUCGAUGUGGUGAUAACGUUUGAAGAGAAGGUUUUCGAUAUGGUUCUUGAAGAUCUCAACAACCGAGAGCAGAUUCUUAUGAAGACUGUACUUGUGAUUAACUUGGAGGUAAAGGAUAACCAUGAGGAGGCAGCAACUGGAGCUCAGCUUGCUUUAGAUCUUUGUCGAGAGAUAGAAGCAGCUGAGUCUUGGGAGGAAUCUAUUGAUGAAAUCGUGUCUCAUUUUGAAAAGCAGAACAGGCGGAAAUUAUUAUACAGCAUUUCCUUCUAUUGAUGACCAUGGAAGAUUGAAUCAGGCUCUCUGACGUUUUUACGCCUUCACUCGAUCUUGGUAUUCACAGUCCACGCCAAUUGUUGGGUUGAAUGAGCGCUGUCCUUGACUCCUCGUUAGUGGUAACACUGCAUCGACGUGGAAAAGAAAUUCUGAGUCGAACCCUUUUGCACUAGCUUUAUCACUGGGAUGUCGACCCAUGAUGAUGUAUUAGUAAUUGGAAGCAAGCCAGUCUUGCUUAGGAGUGACAAUUCCAAUCAUUGCUGUCCGUUAAUGUUUUCUUAGUUUCUUUCUCUUUUUUUUUAGUUUCUUUGUAUUACGGAACCAGUUCUGCGAUGGUACUCAUGCUGCGAGAGUGGAAAGAAAAGAGAUUGUGGCGUAUUGCAUAUAAUUUCUUUGAAUGCAACAUGUUGGAAA